AUGCAAGAGGACCAACCUACUGCAUCCAUGGCAGCUCCAGCUACAUCAGCACUUGAUCAUUAUCACUCUUUAUACCUUCAAGCUUCUGAUUCUCUAGGACUGAUCGAUGAAACUAGCUCUGCAAGGGAAAGGUAUAAGCUUGGGUUUUUAGAUGGUACUUGCCCUAAGAGCAAAUUUAGAGGAGAACUGGAGGAAUUAUGGGGAAAAUGCAAUGUGAUCGUGUUAUCCUGGAUUGGUAGCAUUGUUUAUGUUGAAUUGGUUCCUAGCAUAGUUUAUGCUUCGACUGCUAGGAAGGGAACUGACUUUGUGACAUGUUAUUACUCAAAGAUGAAGGAUCUAUGGAAUGAAAUUGAUGUCAUGUUCCACUACCUUCCUGUGACUUUCCUUAUGGGACUCAAUGAGAAUUACUGCAGCCCGAGGACCAGCAUUCUCUCUAGAAAUGCAAAUGUAACAGUGAAUGAAGCCUAUGCUAUCAUGACUCAAGAGGAGGGAAAAAUAUCAUUGAGUGUAGUUGAUGUUUACAAGGAUCCCUUGACAAUGUUGGCUGGUAGGACUACUCAAGGUUACAGACCAAAGAAGCAGGGAAACUCUGGAGGAUCUAUAGGAGCUAUAGGUGGAGGAACUCCUUGCAUUCACUGUGGUUACUAA